AUGGCACCUCCAGCAAUCCUCUCCACUCGCCGCCUUGGCAAGACCGGCCCUGAGAUCACCGCCCUCGGCGUAGGACUAAUGGGCCUCAGCGUGGCCUACGGCAAGCCUGGAUCCGACGAAGAGCGUCUCGCAUUCCUCGAUCGCGUCUGGGAGCUCGGCGCCACGAACUGGGACACGGCCGACGCCCACGGCGACAACGAGGACCUCAUUGGCAAGUGGAACGACGGGACCUUUAGCAUCAGGAUUGAUAGCUCGCCUGAGUACUGCCGCGAGGCGUGCGUGCGCAGCUUGAAGAGAUUAGGCAUCGAGAGGAUUGAUUUGUAUUACAUCCACCGCCUGGAUGGGGCCACGCCCAUCGAGAAGACGAUUGAGGAGAUGGUUGAGCUGAAGAACGAGGGCAAGGUGAAGGCCUUUGGCAUCUCUGAGUGCUCUUCAACCACCCUCCGCCGCGCCUACGCCAUCCACCCCAUCUCAGCCGUGCAGGUAGAAUACAACCCCUGGUCCCUCGAGAUCGAAGGUCCCGCCGGCACAGACCUGCUCAAGACAUGCCGCGAACUCGGCGUCACGACCUUUGCCUACUCGCCGCUCGGCCGUGGCAUCAUGACAGGCCGCUACAAGUCGGUGGACGACUUUGAGGAGGGCGACUUCCGCUGCCAGCUGCCGCGGUACACGGGCGACAAUUUCAAAAAGAACACGCAGCUCGUGGAGGAGUUUGCCGCCGUCGGGCGCGAGAAGCACGGCUGCUCUGCAGGGCAGCUUACGCUUGCUUGGCUGCUUGCGCAGGGCGAGGAUGUGGUGCCGAUCCCGGGGACGAAGAAGAUUCAGUACUUGGAGGAGAAUAUGGAGGCUUUGAAGGUUGUGUUGGGCAAGGAGGAGGAGAGGGAGCUGAGGGCUUUGGUUGAUGCUAAGGAUGUGCAGGGUGAUCGAGGUGCGGCGUUUGGCAACUAUUCUGAUUCGCCUGCUCUCUGA